UAUAACUUACUUUUAAAAGCAUCAAUAAAUAUAUUAAUUUCAAUUCAGUCAAUCAAUUUAUCAUAAAUUAUCUAUUUCCUCCGCCUUUUGCAGCCUCAGCUCAGCCAUGGAGUCCGGCGAUGAUCUUCCAAAAACCCUAGUAACGUCAACCAAGAGGCACAAAUGUGCCGCUUGUUUCAAACAGUACAAGAAGAAAGAGCACCUUAUUGCCCACAUGAAAGCCUCUCAUCACUCGGUUCACCAGCCCAACUGCAGCGUGUGCCGAAAGCACUGCAAAUCCUUUGAAUCGCUAAGGGAACAUAUGAAUGGUCCCAUUGCGAAAGGAGAUUGCUCGAGAGUCUUUGCGGAAAGAGGUUGUUGUCUGUGUAUGAGAAUCUUUGAUAGCUCGGCUGUUCUUGAAGAACACCGGUAUAUGUGUUGCCUUCCUGCCCCUGUUCCCCUUGGAAGUAUGAAGAUGCCUUAUUCAGAAUCGCUAAUAUACGACCCUCCACCGAACAAUGAAAUUGCCGAUUUUGGUCAUUCUGAGGCAGUUGCUUUAGAGUGUGAGAUGGUCGGUUGUGGUAGUGAUGGGUCCCUUGAUGUGUGUGCAAGGGUUUGCCUUGUGGAUGAGUAUGAAAAGCCGAUUUUUCAUACUUACGUGCUACCUCAAAUUCCAGUCACCAAUUACAGGUACGAGAUUACAGGCAUCACAGAGGAUCAUCUGAGAGAGGCCAUGCCGCUUGAGGAAGUGCGUGAGAAGAUUCUUGAUAUUCUCUACAAUGGGGAGUCGAUUGGGAUAUUAAGGCUGCAUGGAGGGAAAGGUAGAAUUCUUGUGGGCCAUGGGCUCGAGCACGAUUUGGAUCGCCUAAAGAUGCAUUAUCCCGAUCUUUUGAUCAGGUAUGAAAUCCAGUCAGGAUUGCAUGAUCCAUAUGAAGGUUCCGUAUCUGUAAUGAGACUCUACAAGAGAUUACGUGCUGAAAAGCACCAAACGAGCAAGAGAAACUUGUCAUUGGCUUCUCGGGUUUCGCACAGUUUGAUGAACGGUCACUAUUCAUUCAGCACCCGAGAAAUCGAGAAUAUGACACCGGAUGAGCUUUUUGAUAUCUCGAAAUCAAAUUACAGGUGUUGGUGUUUGGAUUAGCAGCUAGAUCGAUAUUUAGCGGGAAACUCUCACCUAAAAUUGCGAAAAAAAAAAAAAGGCUUUGAAUUUGAAUAUAGUGAUACAUGUAGUUGCAAAUGUAUAUAGUUUGAACUAUAAUUUUAAUUCACAAAUAUCUUGUUACAGAUGUUUGGUUCAAAUAUGGACAAAUAUAGGGCUAUUAUUUUUCUUCUUCUGUGUAGAUUAUUUUGAAAAGGAGAAUAUUCAUAAUUUGAUUUGCA